AUGGUGCCUCGGGCCAGCGCCGGAUCAGAUCCGCCCCUCGUAUUCCGUGGGCCCGUAAUCCACUCAGUGACGCCUGAAAAGCUCGAGAUGGUUGAUGAUGCGACCCUGGUAGUUGUCGACGGUCGCAUAAAAGCGUUCUACAAGUCCCGAGACACCGUCCCUGAUGACGCUGUCCCUCCCAAUGCCCGCAUCCAUCAACUCACUGAUGGCGAGUUUCUCAUUCCGGGCUUCGUCGACACGCACAACCACGCGCCGCAAUGGCCUAUGAGGGGUCUAGGCCAGGGACUCCAUAUCCUCGACUGGCUCAACCAAGUCACGUUUCCCGUCGAGGCUCGCUUCCAGGAUCCCGGCUAUGCUGCUGCCAUGUACGAGCGCAUGGUAGCCGACUUCCUCCGCCAAGGAAUCACCACGGCUUCGUACUACGGCUCGCAACACUUGGAGGCGACGUGUAUCCUCGCCGACCUGUGCUACCGCCUGGGUCAGCGUGCCUUUGUAGGGAAGUGCAACAUGGACCGCAAUGCGCCAGAUUAUAUCCGCGAGGAAACCGCAAAGGACUCGCUAGCGCAGACCGAGAAGUGUAUUCGGCACAUCCGCGAGCUACCUGGAUGUGGCGAUUCCCACGACGCCCUUGUCAGGCCGGUUCUGACACCCCGGUUUGCUAUAUCCUGUACCGACGAGCUGCUACAAGGGCUCGGACAAAUGGCACGGAAAGACACGUCGCUUGCCAUUCAGACGCAUUUUAAUGAGGCACAGCAAGAGAUCGACGCCACAACCGAACUGUUUCCCGACUUCAAGGGGAGCGAAGCUGACUUGUACGAAAGUUUUGGGCUUCUGAACCGCCGAACCAUCCUGGCCCACUGUACGAUAAUGACUGAAUACGAAAAGGAGCGCGUCGAAGCCCUGAGCUGUGGUGUUGCCCACUGUCCCAUUGCGAACAUGACGGUAGGUGGUGGGUUCAUGGUGGCUCCUGUCCGAGACUUUAUGCAGCGCGGUAUCAAGGUUGGACUAGGUACCGACAGCGGUGGCGGAUGGGCAUCCCAGAUGCUGGCCGUCAUCAGACAGGCCUUGAUCGCGUCUAAUGCCCAAGAAGUUCUCUCGGGCGGAAAAGAUAGAGCGCUCUCAAUUGAAGAGGUCUUCUACCUGGCAACCCUCGGGGGUGCGGCUGUUCUCUGUCUCGAAGAUUUUAUCGGCAACUUCCAGGUUGGCAAGGAAUUUGACGCGGCCUGGGUCACAACGACCUCUCCAUACUCUGCCAUGACCCCUCGCGAGGACGGCGAUUCUCUGCGGACGCUCUUUGAAAAGUACGUGAUGACAGGAGAUGAUAGAAACCUGGCCCAUGUCUAUGUAAGGGGACAGCGAGUUGCCGGCUUUCAGCUGGAUGGUGUAUGA